AGUAACUAAAGGCUGAGGUUAACUUUUUGAUCAAAGAUAAAUUAAAAUGAAAAACAAUUCUGUCAAAUUUAAGCAAAAUGUGCCCAAGUCUUCAACAACCUCUGUCAUUUCUGAAUUUUCUUGUGAUGAAUCUCCAAUACCAAAUGCAUUUCAAUUUUAAAGUUUUACCCAUGCUUAAACUAUUUCAGCAAAACUCAACAAAAAUUCAGUCUAUAAUCAACAGAAUAUAAUUUUUAAUACACCAAGGAGUUUAGCAGUUCCUUUUAAAGAAAUUGUAAAGCAAUUAAAAUAAUUGAUUAUUAGGAGAAAGAUGAAGUGCUUUCUAAAACACCAAUUAAUAAGUAACAAUUAAAUGGAACAAAGUAAUUCAAUAAUGGAAAUGUGGAACCAAACACAUUUUCAGAAGCAUUGAUAAAAUAGUCAAAAUAUACUGAAGAGAGUUUAAAGAGAAUAUAAAAACUAGAGAAAUUUUUAGAGAAGACAAAAUCCAAAUAUUAAAAACCUUUUAGUAUUUUAUCUUCAGAUGAAUCACCAUCAAAACGAUUGGCUCCUAGUAACAUCAAAGGAUUUGCAUAAAAAAAUGAUGAAAUAGGUAAGCAAUUGGAUAAUAAGAUAAACAAAAAGCUUAAAUUAUUAAUGAAUGAUUUGAGAAUAAUACGAAAAGUAAAUAAUUAAUAAGAUGAUAGAAUAUCCAAUAUUUUUCAGCUUUUGAUGGAGCUUUUGCUUAAAGUAGAAAAGCAUAAAAUAAUUUCAUUUCUUUAAAAUAAGAGAAUGGAAUAAUAAUAAAUAAUGGAAAUCAUUUAACAAGAAUAGAAUUAAUACAUGAUACUUUUAAAAGUGAGAAGAUAUGUGAUAUUCAUGAGAGUGAUUCAAAGUUUAUAUCAUUUUGUAUAUGUGACAAAAAUAUUUUUGAUGAUAUGCUAAUUACUGGUUCUGAUAAAGGUAAUAUUAUGAGUUGGAACUUCUAUAAGAAUUAAGCUUAUCAUUAUUAUGGAUUGAAUAAUUAAAACAAUUGUAAUUUGUAGAAUCAUUCAUAACCAACAUUUAUAACAUAAUCUUUAAAAAAUAUAUAUGUAGGAACAAAAUAAAAUGUAAGUUGUUUAUUAUUGAUUUAAGGAAUUAUUGAUUCUCGAUGAAAGAAUGAACUAAAAAUUAUGUUUAUCUUUAACAAUAUAAAGUUAAUAAUAAAAUUAAAUUAGAGCAAAUUAAAUUUUAUCGCCACUUCUAACAAGAUAUGGAUCUACAAUAAUUGAAAGUCCUCGAAUAAAUCAAAUAGAUCCAAACUUGUUAAACGAAACUAAUUUCCUAUUAGACGAAGAGUAAGAUUCUAUAGAGAAUGAUUUAAAUCAAAAUUUUCAAAUUUUCAACUAAUAAUAAGAUUAAAGCAGAAAAGAUACUUAAGAAAUUAAAUAUAUUGAUGUUCAUGAUCAUAAUGUAAUAGUAACUAUGACAGAUGGAUUUAUUCAUUUAGAUAUGAGAAAUCCAACUGUAUCUCAAUUCAGUUUUUAAUAAAAUGGACAAUAGGCUUUAAAAGCCAUGUUUAGUCCUGGAAAUUCAAGCAAUGUUAUUUAUGCUAAAUAGAAUUCUAAUAAAUGCUUACUUUGGAAUGUUUAAAAAAAUGAAGUUUUGUUUCAUAAGGAAUUAUAAGAUAAUCCUAUUGAUAUGAUUGUUGCUUAAGAAACAAAAGAAAUUCUAUUUUUACAUCAUUAUCAAAAUGAUUCAAUUAUUAAAAUAUACAACAAUUCCUCUUCAAAAUUGAAAUAUUGCGAUGAGUUAGUGAUUCCAAGUUUUAAUAUAUAAAAGAUUCUACUGGAUCAUUAAUCUGAAAGUUUGUAUGGAAUAGGUCCUUACUCUUUGAGAACUUGGAAUUAUUUUCAAUAAAAAGAAAUUAAUUUAAUUCGCGAAGAGAUGCAACAUUAAUUAGAAUCACUUAUAUGAGUAAUGACUACUCUUAUUUAUUAAAUAUAUG